AUGUCUUCGGCACAACCAGUAUCUGAAUCGAAUCCAUGGCCGCACUUGGAAACAAUGUUCCAGUUCAAAUCUGUAGCGGGAAAAAUCGUGAAGCUAACUUGUUUACUGUGUUCACCGAAAGUUAAAGAGUGCUCUGCGAGCCUGUCAUCAUUGUCGAAUUUGCGUAAACAUGUUCAGGUUGGUUGGUCUACUUGGUUGUUUUAUUUAAAUAAUAUUGUAUUAAUGCUUGCGUCAGGGAUAAAUAAUCAUGCAUCAGUAUUAUCAUAUCAUGUAUGUUUAUAUUUGUAUCUAUCAGUGAUGUUGAUAUUUAUCAUGGUCAAUACGUCGAUAUUCGAUACGACGAUAAUCACUUGACCAACCGCGUGUUAACGCUUUUACACCGAGUGUUUAACAAAUAACUAAUCAAAUAUAUUUAGGUUCAGCUUUUGCGGGUGCCGGCUUCUUCUAUAUUAAGUAUUAGUAAAUGACUAAUGUAAAUUUUAGGUAUAAGCGAGUAAAACUUGCGUUUCUUGUGAAGCAGUUUUAAAGAUUGAAUAGCCUACUAUUCACGCGGCUGAAGGCGAUGAAGUGUAAAAUAUUUUAAAUUUGCAUUUUCAUUUAUGUCGCGUAGGUGCCAAAAAUAGUAACUCGCGUACCUUAGUAACUGUCUGUUACUUAUACAGUUAUACUAUGAAAAACUUGUGGGGUUAAGUCUGCUUCGGUAGGUUUCGCGUAAGCCUGUAACUUAGACUGUUACUUAUACUAUCUGAUCUCAAUAUUUUUAGAGAGCCCAUCCACACCAAUUGUCAAAGUUCAAUGAAUUGUGUUCUCAAUCACGAAAAAGAAAAGCUUGUAACCAAGUGAGUCAGGGAAAUUCAUCAAAACAACCCAAGGUUUAUGACAUGCUUACAACCCCAGCCAACGCUAACAUGGUUUCACAAGCCAAAAUUGACGACCUUCUGAUCGGUUUUAUUACCGAAGGAUUAAUGCCUUUUUCAACAGUUGAAAUGCCUUCCUUUCAAAGACUUGUAAAAGGACUACAACCAAAUCGGUCUGUUAUGUGCAGGGCAACUGUUACAAAAAGAAUCGACGAAAAGGCCAGUCUAGUUAAGAAGAAUGUGAAAGAUGCCAUGGCGAAAGUGCAACAAGUUGCAACCACAACUGACUGUUGGACCGCCCGUCGCCGUUCAUAUAUCGGGGUUACAGCACAUUGGAUUGAUAGCGAAACGCUCAACCGAGUGAGCGCAGCUCUUGCAUGCCGUCGUCUAAAAGGCAGGCACACCUACGAUGUUCUAGCGGCAAAACUUGAAGAAAUCCAUACUGAGUAUGAAAUUGUCUCAAAGAUUGUCAAGACCACAACUGACAAUGGGUCGAACUUUGUAAAGGCAUUUUCUGUCUUUGCUGUUAAUUCAGAACAACCAGAAGAACCGGAGGAGACCGAGGGAGAUGAAUCCACCUUUCAUGAUGUUUAUGGCGACCUAACUGAAGCAGCUGAAAGCUUCGAGUAUCAGCUUCCCCCUCAUCAACGCUGUGCUGCCCACACCCUUAAUCUCAUAUCGACAGUGGAUGCAGAGAAGGCUGAGAAAGAUCCUACUUACAAACGGUUAACAAGGGGAACUUUUGCAAAAUGCCAGGCUCUUUGGAACAAAGCAUCUCGGUCAACUCAAGCUGCUGAAGUUGUCCAAGAAGAGUGCAGUUUCGUUCUACUGAAGCCCAAUGCAACACGCUGGAAUUCCGUCUUCAUGGCUGUUGAACGACUAAGCCACAUUGUCAAGACAAAGGGUGAAAAUGCCAUUCACAAACUCUGUGCUGAGUUUAAUGUUUCAAAGUAAGUACGACGUAAGAACUUCUUAAGAUGAUGUUAUACAGAUUUCUACUAACUAUUUUAAUGCAACAUGUUGCUGCAGAUAAUUUCAUGCAACAUGUUUUUCCGUUUAAAGGUUUAACACCAUCCCACUAAGACAUUUCUAAAUAAUACUGAAAAAUGAAAAUUAAAGCAAGAAUAAUUAUUUCAUAUAAUAACUGUUCUAAUCUUUUUCAUUUCUCAGUACUAUUUAUUUGUACAUUAAAUGUGUGUUAAAAUUUCAGUUUUUGUUUUCAGACUGAAACCAGGUGAGAUUCAAUUCUUGAAAGAUUAUGCCCAAGUCAUGAAGCCCAUGGCACAAGCGUUAAACAUAUUGCAAGGAGAAUGCAAUCACUCGAAUGCCUACAUGGGAUACCUUGCACCUACCAUCGCUUUGCUGAAAGAGAAACUUCAGAAGAAGAAUGGAAUUGCGACUGUAAAACCUCUAGUGACGGCCCUGUUGGAUGGUAUGGACAAGCGAUUCGAUUAUAUUUUUGAUGACGAAAAGAUAAUUGCUGCGGCAUUGCUUCAUCCAAAGUUUAAAGAUAACUGGACAAACGAUGAAGAUAUGCUCAAGAAAGGUAUAGACAGCUUUGGCUAUCUGACACAAUCAAUCAGGGUUCAAACUAUAUUUGAAAAAAACGUGGUUGAAUAACAGGGUAUUUUCUUCUUUCUUUUAUCUAUUCAACUAUAAAAUUGUUUUUAUUCUUUAUUUAUUGCAGGUAUGGACUUCAUCAAUGAUCGACUUGAAAGUGACACAGGUGUCGGAGCGUUACGAGAAGCUGAAACGUCGAUUUCCUCUGUAGAAGAUGAUGAGAAUAAUUUUUUCUUUACUAAAACGAAGACAAGUGCAUCUGAGCUGCAGUUAUUUCUGGAAAGCCACACGGAAGAGUUAUCUGUAUAUGCAAGUUGGCCGAAGCUGCGCCAGCUUUUCAUUGAACUGAACACACCGGUGCCUGCAAGCGCAGCUUGUGAAAGAUUGUUCAGCUGUGCAGGACUAAUUUUUAGACCACAUCGUUCCUCAAUGACAGAUCGUAAUUUUGAAAAUUCUCUUCUGGUCAAAAUAAAUAAAAAUUUUGUCUAA